GUUCAUGCUAUAUUUAUUCAUGAAACAAUUGAGGCACAAUAAAUCUUGAUGAAAUUAGACAUAUAGGUUGAAGAAAAACAUUAAGUGAUUUUAAGUCCCAACGCGCAGGUCCGCUAGAUUUCGCGUGAAGUACAACUUAUUAGUCUCUUUCUGUUACUUCACAUCACGCUAUUUACCACCACGAUGCUAUUAUCCAUAUUUUCUUUCUUCUUCUAUUUCUUCUUGUUCGAUAUAUCAACAUGUGCGCCAUUUCUCAAACCAAGCAACGAGACAACCACUGGCUGGGUGUCGGAUCCCAACGGCCGAGGAACAUUUUCCCUCGUCGUUUCUUGUCUUUUGACAUUAUCGCUCUGUGUUUGGUCGGCAAUGCAUCUUAACAUUCCAGGAACUUAUCAUCCUACGAUACAAGAAUUCAUAAGAGGAAUCAGAUGGGGUGUUGUAGGUAUUUUCGCUCCGGAGCUGGUGGUCUUUGCGGCUUGGAGACAGUAUAAUUCUGCAACGGCUCUGAAAGCUUUGGUUCAAGAUAGAAUUGCUGAGGCUGUGACGCCGUGUCCGAGUGAGCAGCCCAGCACAAAAUCCUCAGAUCUUGCCAGCAAAUCGACAAGAAUUGAAGUACAUGAUGCCAUUUCGCCAUGGACCACUGUUCAUGGCUUUUACGCCGGCAUGGGCGGAUUUGUUUUCGAUUUUGAGAAUUCCGAGGACGAAGCCUCGCCAUUCAUACCUGAAUAUCAACGUUUAACCCUUACCGCACGUGGUGUUAGUCUACUCGCGGAAUGCGGUCACCUCCCAAACAUAAGCAGACGCGAGAUAUUGGAUAAAAGCAAAGCCGAUACCAUGGCGAAACUCCUUGUUAUCCUCCAAGCUGGGUGGAUGCUAGUACAAGUUGUUGGAAGACUCGUUACUGGGCUUCCGGUCACUCUUUUGGAAGUGAACACACUGGGCCACGUUCUCUGCGCAUUCAUUAUCUAUUUGUUAUGGUGGCACAAACCGCGUUCUAUAAUGGUACCCACGAAACUCGAAGGAGAUUGGGUAAAGCCUUUAUGUGCGUACAUGUAUAUGAGCAGUCAAAUCAGUGGACACGAUAGCAAACAUCCUGGCAUGCUCAAGAGAUCGUGGAAAGACUCUGAACUUUCGAGAUUUGCAUAUGUGCCUCCGGUAGUAUCUGAUGGGAUUCAGGAGGGACUUGGAAUUCAGAGAGCAUCGUCCAGUCUCACUCCGGGAAAAUCUCAGAUUAUCGAAAUUGAUGCAACAACCACGGAACUGCAUGAAUUAGCCCAAAGAUCUACAUUCGGAUUCUUUGUCCCGUCAAGAUCAGAUCUCAAUGCCGACGGUUCUUCCAAGCGAGAUCCUGACCAAACAGAAAAUACAGAGUACCUACUUAAUGCUAGUCCCGAGCAACAUACUCGCUGGCAACUAGCAGCAAAAGCAAUCCACACUCACCCUGCGCUGCGCUCUCGUUUCACCAUCAACACCAUUCCAGCUUCUCCCGAUCAAUCCGCCCACCAAAUACACGAACCCCUAAUUGAACAACUCGUUUCUCUCCGCGCGGGCAACUGGCCCGGCGAAGACCUCCUUCGUAGCACUGGUGGUCUCGUCAUGGGCAUGACGUUAUGGCUAGCCAGUAUUGCGUUUGGAGCCGUGCACGCAGCCGCCUGGUACGAUUAUUUCCCGUCUCUCUUCGAACAAUGGAUGUGGAGAGCCAGUGCCGUAUAUAUUGCCUUUUCCGGACUAUUAUGGUUAUGUAUCAAUGGGCUCGCUCGAGCUAUCAAGCCCAUCGAUCAGUUCUGGGAUCGUUUCGUAGCUUUGAAAGAACAUUGGGCUAGCUAUUUGGUGAUUGGGUUUUUGUGUACAGUUUGUGGCAUAGCGUAUGUGGUUGCGAGAAUUUACUUGGUGGUCGAGGCGUUUAUUAGUAUUAGAAAGUUGCCGGUUGGGGCCUAUGGAACGCCGGAUUGGACAACGGUUGUACCGCAUUUGUAGUUUAUUUUCAUGAUGCCUCGUCUUUUCUCAAGUUGUUUCUAGCCCUUCCCCGACCUAAUUUCUGACCUCGAAAGUACCCAGGGUAUUCAAUAGCCCGGACUGCAGUCCAACAUUCAAGGUCUUGAGUAUCCAAAAGCAAUUAGAAAUCUGAAAACGAUUUAAUAUUCUAAUCAAAUUCAGUAUCUCAAAUGAUUUGAACAUUCUAAUUCUUUUUAGAUAUCCAAAACCUUAUAUUGUUGGACUGUAGUUCGAACCAUCAAACAUCCUAAAAGUACCCACUCCAUAAAAUAUUCGAGAUCCGAGUUCUCAGCCCUACAGAACAUCCGGUCUCUAUGCCGGCCUCAUCAUAACGUCAAUAAAAACUCUGAUAUAUUGACCCAAUCUCUGACCAAAUAUCAUCUUGUUAGGAAUACACGGUCUAGAAAAUAUAGGUAGAACAAUAAUGCAAUAUCA